AUGAGUUCUGGCCUUCCGCCGUGGCGUGCGAGCGCUUCGGCCACGACGACCGCGUCUGUAUACCCGAGCCAUGCCACUCCAGCAUACAUUCCCGUUCAAGCACGACGUAGCCUCACCACACCCUCGAAGCCUACUACAACAGUUUCAUCCCAGCCGGCGCCAGCAGACGAAGACGCAGCUCGGAAACGAGUAGAGUUCCCGCCGGCCGUUCGGUUGUAUGUACAGAGGUGCUUCGAACCAGAGCAUCAGAUUCCUGGCGUCACAAGAAGCGAGAUGGAAAAAAAGUUAAAGUCAGUCAUAACGGAGGCAGCACAGAGUGACUCACUCCACAAAAUCGACUGGGCCACGCUACCUCUUCCUCAGGUCAUGGUGCAGAAUGACAAAACCCGGAUUCUUGCUAAUCCUGAGGCCUCGACGUGGGGAUCGCCUUAUAUGGCCUCUGCUGCUUCUGCUCAAACGUACAAGCACGACGAAUCAUCCAAGAAGAGGAAGUCGGCUGAGUACCAAACGGAUUCAUCAAACGGCUACCCGCCAUGGAGGCAGACUAACAAACAGAAUACUUUUGAAGAUCGAAUCACUUAUUCCCCAACAGACAAGCGACAACGGAUAGAUUUCAAGAACUCAAGUAGUAAGUCCAAAGCUAAUCUGGAGAUGCGAAAGAAACGUUUCGAGGAUACCCAGGGGAGUUAUGGGUCUUCGCCGUCGUCACGCGCCGCGUCUUCCACCCCCACACCGACUGGUCCAGUGGUUGGAAGGUGCCAAGAACUGGAGAAGAAUUACUUCCGGUUGACGUCGGCGCCAAACCCGGAUACCGUCCGCCCUCUGCCUGUCCUUAUGAAGACCCUGGACCUGUUGAAGAAGAAAUGGAAAAAAGACAACAACUAUACCUACAUCUGCGAUCAGUUCAAAUCACUGCGGCAGGACUUGACAGUGCAGCACAUCCGGAAUGAGUUUACCGUCAGCGUCUACGAGAUCCACGCCCGUAUUGCUCUGGAAAGGGCCGAUCUUUCUGAAUAUAACCAAUGUCAGACACAGUUGCGAGCGCUAUACGCGCAGCAACUGGGAGGUCACCCGACCGAAUUCAAGGCUUAUCGGAUUCUCUACUUUAUCCACACGCGCAACUGGACGGCCAUGAACGAUGCCCUGGCCGAUCUAACAGCAGCAGACAAGCAAAGCCAUGCGGUGAAGCAUGCUUUGGAUGUGCGGUCUGCACUCGCCCUUGGGAACUACCAUCGGUUUUUCCAGCUUUAUCUUGAUACGCCGAACAUGGGAGCCUACCUGAUGGACAUGUUUGUGGAUCGUGAGCGCCUUUCUGCACUUGCCGCCAUAUGUAAAGCAUACAAACCAGACGUAACAAUUCGCUUCAUCACCGAAGAGCUGGGCUUCGAGUCUGACGAGCAAAGUGCACGCUUCAUCCUCGACCAUAGCGCGGAGGAGAUGCUCCAGGAAAAGGAUGGGGUCGUGAAACUGCUCACUGGAGGCAAAGCAGCCCAGCUUUUUGAGCUCUCAAAGAAUGAAGCCCAUCGCGUGGUCGAUAUCAAGGGACAGAUAUAA